AUGCCCAACAUCCAAAGGGAGGUUUUGCAACUAAUAAGAGCACCUACCACAACACCUCCAAAUCCUUCAACUCUAAAAUCGACUAUUAUUCCGUAUCAUUCCCCCUUGUCUUUUAAUCCAUCAUUGAUACGGUGGCUCUGUCUAUUCCUGGUAUUCAACACAACGACGCCGCUUUCUUCUUUGGCACAUCCACAGCCAAAGACACAACUGCAACCACACAAGCAUCAAUAUCUUGACUCGGCUGUUAUUACAGAAACGCACACUGGUGCUAGUGACGUUGGCGCUACCGAUACAAAUAGCACAGGUCAAACACUAUUUGAGUGUAACACCACCGCCAUUGCUAUUGAAAAGAUGAGCAUUCCAGGACUCAACGAAGAUGACAAGAAAUUUAUCGACAGAAUUCAAUCCUCAAUUCAGACGGUAAUGGCCUGGGAGAAGGACAUUGAGCUUAUAAAGGCGUGUCGCGAGGAGAUUCCUUGGGAAACGCUGGCGGACCCCAAUGGUCCCUACUCGGAUCCUGUCAACGACAACAAUUUGCAGGGGAACCUUUUGUUUCUCCAACGACUUUGUCGAUGGUUCAAAAGCUACAUGACUUGGGUGAAUGCUCCUCCCUGUCAGGUAUGCAGACAUGAAGAACUUGAGUUCCAAGUGGUUCGCGGACCGGAAACUGACGAAGAGAAGCAAGGUGGCGCCAAGCGUGUCGAAGUCUACUACUGUCCUAGAUGUGAUGCCAACACAACAACAUUCCCGCGUUAUAACAGUCCAAAGAAACUACUAGAGACGAGGAAAGGUAGAUGUGGGGAGUACUCAAAUCUCUUUGGUCUCUUCUGUCGAAGUACUGGACUAGAGACAAGGCUCGUCUUGGAUUUAUCAGAUCACUUGUGGACCGAAGUGUACAUCGGAGAUCAGGAUUCUUGGGUCAUGGCGGAUGGAUGUGAGGGUGUUAUUGCCGAGCCUAGCAUGUAUGAGCACGGUUGGGGAAAAAAGGAAUUGUGUUACAUGAUUGCCAUCGCUCAGGAUCAUAUACUCGACGUGACCCCCCGUUAUACCCGCGCCUUUUUGUCCGAAGAAUUUCAAAAUAGACGGCGGACCCAUACGUCCUCAGAAGGCAUAUCCAGGCAGAUUUUUCAACAUUUGAAUCAAACUAUGCUUCAGUCACUCCCAAAAUUCCGACAGAAAGCAUUGGAAUUGCAGAAUCAAUUGGAACAAGCCGAGUUGCAACUUUUGCAGCAGGCUACACGAUGGACGGAACAAGAGAUAUAUGGUAGAGGGAGAAUCAGUGGAAGCCUAGAGUGGAAGACAGCACGACAUGAAGAUGGAACGAAAGCUAAUGGCGACACCAAUGCAGACUACCACAGCGAUGACGAUGACAAAGAGCAUGUUGCAGGAUUUCAGAUACAAUCAUUCUAUCCACCCAUAUUGGAUGAAAAAUUAUCGUUGGUUGUCAAACCUAACCCAAGGAAUCGGCACGAUGCGAUUGUGGUCGCAAACACUCCAUGUGCAAUAGGAGAGGAAGAGACCAUAUCCGUGGUCGUUGUCGAUGAAUCAUACUUGGGUUGUAUUCUACAAUCACGUUCAUUCCGUAACUGGGAAGAUACGCAGGAAUUUGUUAACCACAUCCCACCACGUCGAAUUGUUCUUUGCCAUGGCAAGUGUCCGAAUGCGAGUCGUCUCCAAGAUUCUAAAGAAAGUGGUACAGAUGAAAGCCGCAAUGAUUCAUGCGGUCCAAUUGAUAUGACGCGGCUGGGAGGUUGGAAAGGAACGAACGUUUUAGACGGCGGAGUUGUCUAUGUCGGACAAGUAGAUGCUCAGCCUGACUGGUCCUUUUGUACCACAAUCGACGAGUGUCCAAAGGGCGGCCACGAGGUUGUUCUCCAGUCGAUCAAGGAUUUGAACGAAGGCGAGUUAAAGUCAUUUCUGAAGAGUGAAUCGAAGACAGCUCCUAGACGAGUUUCGGGGCGAUUACCAGACUCUACGAUGCCAUUGAAGACACAGUUAAUGGCUUCGGCGGAGCAAAAGAAGAUGGCAUUUGAAUCUUUUCCUCUACGAAAUCGAUACUCGGGCUACACAACAAAACCAAACGCGCCCGUGUAUUUGCUGGGUUCUAAAGCAUACCCUUUUCAGAGGCUCAGCCCUCGUUCCAUCGACAUGUCAAGUGAUGAUGUUUGGAGCACCUUUCAUUACCUUCCAUCGCCCUUAGUUCCAAAAUCGGAUAAGGAAUCUACAGAUUCUGGAGCGACGGUUACUCUACCUAGUUUUGAUGUUCCUUUGGAUCUAAACUUCUUCCAGUCAUCGGUUGGCACACAAUUACUUGCAAGUGGCAACACGAGACUGAUGAUUUCCGAUGCAUUGCAAAAUUCACAGUUGAUUGCUUUCUACUUUUCUGCGCAUUGGUGUGGACCAUGCAGAAGUUUUACCCCGAUGCUGGCGGAAAUGUACGAACAUCUCAAGGAAAUGCGGCCAACGCAUGGUUUGGAGAUUGUCUUUGUGAGCUCCGAUAGAGAUCCAAACAGCUUUCAACAUUAUUUCAGUACGAUGCCUUGGAAAGCAAUACCCUUUGAUACUCUGCCAUUUGUCAAGCAAAGCCUCAAUGCUACGUACGGAGUUCAAGGUAUCCCUUCGUUGGUAGUACUGGACGCUGUUUCCGGCAGGGUUGUUGUUUCGCCGAACGAAAGUCGGCAAGCCGUAGCGACGGCGUGUCAAAGGGGAGAAGAAGGAAUUGAAAGAAUGAUGGACUCAUGGCUCGAACGAGUCCCACCAGAAACUACUGAGUUGUUAUCUAUGCUUCAACUUUCAUGCGAGGAAGACAUGGUCGAUAAACGGGGAGAUAAUGUUGAAAGCACAGAGUAUCUGGUCUCUGCUGAAAACCUGAAGCCGAAACCAUUUGAUGCUGCAUCACGGAUAAAAGAAACCUUUGAGACAUAUACUGCAGAAGGUAUGGACCCAACUCAAGCUGCAGCAAAAGCAAUUGGGGUCGUUUCGGAGGAGCAGAAGACGAUGGCAAACGGUCUCGACUCGGGGCCACUGUAUGGGAGGGCGAUUCAAAUCGGACCACACAGCCCUGGGAACAAAUUUGAUCAAGCGUUUUCAACUUUGUGUCAUCAGAACUCUCAGUCAGUAGCUACUGAAGCGCUGUCAACAGCGCUCAAAUACGUCCGAAACGCAGCAAAAGAGCCUUGGACUCCAAAAUUUCGCACAUUCAAAUUAAGUAACAAGAUCGCGGAUUCAAUAACCAGGGCCGAGGGAGCAAUAGACGUGCUAGAGGGUCUAGGUUUUGACAUUUUUGGAACCAAACAGGACUUCAAAGCCACUAUUCCGGCAGCUGCAGACCUAGAAGCGAUGGAAAACAAGUUGAAAGACUUAUUGAACAGCUUAGAUUUUUAA